AUGUACCAACAAGGGGCGGAUUAUAUCUCUAUUUUGAUCGACAGUGUUGAACUUCCUCCUUUAUUUCAUACAUCGUCGGAGCCCUAUAUCUUUAGAGUGGAUAAUCUACUACGAAGAGUAAAUGAGCAGGCAUACGAACCAGAAAUGGUGGCCAUUGGACCUUACCACCAUGGCAAACAUCAUUUAGAAAUGAUGGAAGUUCAUAAAUUACGAUACGCACACCAAUUUCUUAGUGGAAGUAAUGCGAUGAUGAGCGUGGAUGAAUAUGUUACAAGUUUAAGUGAACUGGAAGAUGAAAUUCGGGAUUUUUAUGCAGAACCCAUCCCACUGGACAGCAGAGAAUUAAUGGGAAUGAUGCUUAUUGAUGGCUUCUUUAUCAUUGAGUUACUCUGCAAGUUUUGCAAGAAACAGCCAGUAGAUGAAGAUGGCCCCAUCUUCCGAACGGCUAGGAUGCUAAGAUAUUUAAAACGCGAUCUGCUUUUAUUUGAAAAUCAAAUUCCAUUCUUCGUUCUCACUAAGCUCUUCAACAUGACCAAGUUUUCUUUGCCUCAAGAUGAUCUUGUCUUGGUUGACAUGGCCUUGGAGUUUUUAGGCAACAGGUUACCACACACAUGUUCCAAAAAAGUUAAUGUUUCAGAUGAAGUUGAUCAUCUACUAGGCCUUGUACAUUUCAUUUGGACGCCCAGUACUGCAUAUGAAGCAUAUCAUCAAGAAGUAGAAGAGCCAUUCAUAGGAUGCACCAUAAAUCUCCAAAGAGUAGGAAUACUUUUCAGAAAAGCGGCGAAUGGAAACUCAUUGUUUGAUAUAAAUUUCAAAAAUGGUGUUAUGGAAAUCCCGUCUCUGUCGAUUAAUGAUGAAACUGAAUGCCUUUUAAGAAAUCUCAUUGCAUACGAGCAAUAUCAACAGAAUGGACGAGGGAAAUAUGUCACUGAUUAUGCCACUCUCAUGGAUUGCUUGAUCAAUUCUGAGAAGGAUGUUGAAGAACUUUGCUCCCGCGGAAUCUUUAAAAACCGAUUGGCUAAUGACGAAGCACUGUCCGACAUGUUUAACGAGCUCUGCCGUAACGUGGUGGUCAAUCCUAGAAAUUUCUGCUAUUCCCAAGUUUUCGACAGGGUGAAUAAGCACAGUGCACUUACUUAUAGAAGAGCUUUGGGGGAAAUUAGAUAUCAUUUAAGAAACCCAAUGACGGUUCUAAAUCUUGAAAUUUCUAUGCUGGCACUUCUACUUGCAGCCAUUCAAAUUAUAAUUCCCUUUUGCAUAAAAACUUAGAUCCUUGUUGCUGCUCUUGUAAACAAUUUCUUUUCUCAACAAAAUUUAAUUUAAUAAUCUAUGGAACC